AUGCGAGCUAUUUUCAUUGGUCUUGGUGAGGCGGCCAUGAGCGUGUUUCAUCCGAUCCUCCUGGGAUUCGCGGGGAUACUUCUUUACUCCUCCUACACUUUGUUGUCCGAGAGUGAGGGCGACGGGGACGAAGAUUUGAGCGACAACAAGCUCAUUGCCUUUGCCUCCUCCUCCCUUGAUGCUACAGAGUCGUACGACGGGGACAAGUUCUUCACCAUGGUUGAUGGCGUUCGUCGAGCGACCCCACUCCUCCUAGUGCUGGUGUGCGUCGAACUAAGUGACAUCGUCUUCGCUGUGGAUUCAAUUCCGGCGGUGUUCGCUGUGACAAAGGACCCGUUCAUCGUCUACACUUCCAAUAUAUGGGCAAUUCUCAACCUGAGAAGCUUGUUCACGCUGCUGGCCAGCGCCGUUGAGGAUUUGGUGUAUCUCCGCCCCGCUGUAGCCGUAGUAUUGGGCUUCGUCGGCUGCAAAAUCGGGGGUGACUUCUUCGGAUACGAUGUAUCAACCGAGUUGUCUUUAGGAAUCAUCACGGGUGUGCUGGCGGCCGGCGUGGCAGCAUCAUUAAUUCUGCCUGGAGACAAAACCGAUCCCACGUAGAAAAGUGGUGCAUAACCACGUAAAAUGUACUUGAAGUAAUCGCUUAAACGCUUAAACCAUGAUUUCUAAUACACCGGAAAUCUGCCCUUAACAAAUAAUGCAGCAUCCGCUGUGAGAGUCCAA